CUAGAUAUCUGUGGUUGGUGUAGCUCCUAGUAUCUACCAACGUGAUGAGAUUCUGACUGUCAGAAACUUUGAAAAUUCUUUUAUGGAAUUGUUUGUGGUUUGAUAUUGCUCAAAAAUUAUUUUGUUAUUUCUGAAGAUUCUGAAGAAGAAUUCUUCUAGUCCUAGGACUUGUGCAGAUACGGAUUCUGUGUUAGAUCUGUUUCAUUUGAGCUGCAUUGAUGGCUUGAAUGGUGGAGUCCUGGGAUGCUGGUUGAAAGGAUUUUUGGAUUUUGGUGGGCUAUAUCUAUAGAUGAGUGGAAAUUUCAUAAUUUCCUAUUCACAAAACCUACAUGAUUGUCAGGUUAGGCUUCCUCGUUGCUGCAUCUAUUGCAGCUUAUGCAGUUAAGCAGGUUAACGUCAAGAGUCCUCCAUCAUCGGCUCCUCUAAUUAAAUCUGGAGGAAAUGAUGAAUCAACCUCUGAGCAGCAUCAGAGAGAAGAGGAGGAGAAACAGCAUAAUAAAAAUAGCCUCGGAGAAACGGAGCAUGUUGAAGAGGAAGAGGAGAAAGAAGAGGUCAAACUAAUUAGUGGUUUAAUCAAUGUGCAGCCGAGCAAUUCUGAUUUUGAAGAUGACAUUCUGCCGGAAUUUGAAAAUCUUUUAUCAGGUGAGAUUGAUAUUCCAUAUCCAGGGGACAAAUACGAUACAGGAACCGGUGCCAAGGCCGAGAAAGAUAGGGCAUAUGAAACUGAGUUGGCUAUCAAUGCAAACGAACUGGAAAGAUUACGCCACUUAGUCAAAGAGCUCGAGGAGAGAGAAGUCAAGCUUGAAGGUGAACUACUUGAAUACUAUGGGUUGAAGGAACAAGAAUCUGAUAUUGUAGAAUUACAAAGGCAGCUAAAGAUUAAGACAGUGGAGAUUGAUAUGCUGAACAUCACGAUCAAUUCUUUGCAGACCGAGAGAAAAAAGCUACAAGAAGAAGUGCUUCAUGGAGCUUCUUACAAGAAGGAGUUGGAGGCAGCCAGGAAUAAAAUCAAGGAGCUUCAAAGGCAGUUUCAACUAGAGGCAAACCAGACCAAAGGGCAACUGUUGUUAUUGAAGCAACAAGUAGGGAUUCUUCAGACAAAGGAACAGGAUGCCUUCAAGAAAGACACUGAUAUUGAUAAGAAGUUAAAAACUUUGAAGGAACUAGAGGUGGAUGUUGUGGAACUUAAGAGAAAGAACAGAGAGCUUCAGCAUGAGAAGAGACAGUUGGUUGUUAAGCUGGAUGCAGCAGAGUCCAGAAUAGCAACACUAUCCUGUACGACCGAGACUGAAAUGGUGGCCAGUGUUAGAGAGGAGGUCAAUAAGUUGAAGCAUACAAAUGACGACCUCUUAAAGCAAGUAGAAGGACUCCAAAUGAACAGGUUUAGUGAAGUUGAGGAGUUGGUUUACCUUCGUUGGGUCAAUGCAUGUCUGAGGUUUGAGCUUAGAAACUACGAAACACCAGCAGGGAGAACGUCAGCUCGUGACCUCAACAAGAAUUUGAGCCCGAGAUCCCAGGAAAAGGCUAAACAACUGAUGUUAGAGUAUGCAGGGUCGGAACGUGGACAAGGAGGUGAUACGGAUCUCGAGAGCAACUUUUCUCAACCAUCCUCUCCUGGAAGCGAAGAUUUUGAUACUGCUUCCAUCGACAGUUCCAUGAGUAGAUACAGCAGUUUUAGUAAAAAGCCAAGUUUGAUUCAAAAACUUAAGAAAUGGGGCAAAAGCAAAGAGGAUUCUAGUGCACUCUCUUCACCUGCAAGAUCAUUUUCAGGAGGGUCUCCUCGGGUUAGCAUUAGCCAGAAACCCAGAGGUCCUUUAGAAGCUCUCAUGCUAAGGAACGCAGGUGAAUCUGUAGCCAUCACUACUUUUGGGGAAGGCGAUCAAGAUUCUAUUAACUCUCCAGAAACUCCAAAUCUUCCUCGUAUCAACACAGGGAAUGCUCCUACUGAUUUAAACAAUGUUGCGUCAUCAUUUCACUUAAUGUCAAAGUCAGUUGAAGGAGUUCUAGAUGAGAAAUAUCCUGCAUACAAAGAUCGUCAUAAGCUUGCUUUAGAGAGGGAGAAGAAAAUUAAGGAAAAAGCUGAUCAAGCUAGAGCAGUGAGGUUUGGCGAUACUUCAAGUUUCAAGCCACCAAAUAAUAGUAGGCCGGUGAGUUUGCCGCCAAAACUUGCUCAAGUUAAGGAAAGAGUAGUAAUACCUGCUAACACUUCAGGUGAUCAGCCUACUGAUGGAAUUGUUACUAGUUCACCAUCCGUGAGCAAGAUGCAAUUUGCCCACAUCGAAAAGAGACCACCAAGGACUGCACGGCCGCCUCCUAGACCUACUGGAGGCUCUCCUGCUACCACUGCUAGUCCAUCAGGCGGAAUAUCUGGCGGUUUGCCUCCUCCUCCACCUCCUCCACCGGGUGCUCCACCACCACCACCGCCACCUGGUGGGCCACCUCGUCCACCUCCUCCACCAGGAAGUCUUGCUAAAGGAGCAGGUGGUGGUGAUAAAGUUCACAGGGCUCCAGAGUUGGUUGAAUUCUACCAGAGCUUGAUGAAGCGUGAAGCUAAGAAGGAUACAUCAAUCGUAUCUGCUUCUGCAGCUAGCACAGCGGAUGCCAGGAGUAACAUGAUUGGCGAGAUAGAGAACCGAUCAACAUUCUUAUUAGCCGUAAAAGCAGAUGUUGAAACUCAAGGUGAUUUUGUUGAGUCACUUGCAUCUGAAGUCCGUGCUGCUUCCUUUACAGACAUAGCUGAUUUACUGACUUUCGUGAACUGGCUAGAUGAAGAACUCUCUUUCUUGGUUGACGAGCGGGCAGUCCUGAAGCACUUCGACUGGCCAGAAGGAAAAGCAGAUGCGUUUAGAGAAGCGGCCUUCGAAUACCAGGACCUGAUGAAACUUGAAAAACAAGUGUCUAAUUUUGUCGAUGAUCCAAGUCUCUCUUGUGAAGCUGCUUUGAAGAAAAUGUACAAAUUGCUAGAGAAAGUGGAGAACAGUGUUUAUGCAUUACUACGUACAAGAGACAUGGCUAUGUCAAGAUAUAAAGAAUUUGGCAUCCCAGUUAACUGGUUGCAAGAUUCAGGAGUUGUAGGCAAGAUCAAGUUGUCGUCGGUGCAACUGGCUAGGAAAUACAUGAAGCGGGUUGCAUCGGAGCUGGAUGGGUUGGAAGGACCAGAAAAGGAACCAAACAGAGAAUUUUUGGUGCUUCAGGGUGUACGUUUUGCGUUUCGUGUUCAUCAGUUUGCAGGAGGGUUUGAUGCAGAGAGCAUGAAGGCAUUUGAAGAACUGAGAAGCCGUAUGAAUAAACAAAGUACAGAUGAGGGUGAAGCAUGAUUUUAGUUUGUUAUGUUACCAUUUUCUCAUAUUAAAUUAUAUUAUACAAACCAUACAAUUAAAUUACAAGCUAUAAGCAUCGUUUGUUCA